AUGAGAAAGUGUCAUAGUUUACUCCCAGUUCUGCUUGGUUUUGCAGUUCUAAGAAGUUUUGUAGGAUGUGUCGAUGAUAUUGAGGAAAAAGAACGAUACAGCUCAUCUACUUUGGGACUUCUAAAACUGCUCAAAGUGGAAGAAAAAUUCGCCGAUAGCCUUAUAAACAAAGCCGAUCAGCUGGGAGAAAAAUUCGAAUCACUUCGAAUGUACUUGUCUUCAGUGGGUUAUGAAUUACAUCGAAGCCUCAAUGAAAAAGUGCAAUACGUUUCAAAUCCCAUAAAUGCCUUUUCACUGUUAAGACGCACCCACGAGGAUUUACCAAAAUGGCACGCCUACUUUAAAGAGGCCAUGGGAGAAGGGUAUCUAAAUAUCUUGGAUGACCUUGUGGAAAAGGUGCCUAACGAUGUGGACAUGUUGUCGGCCAUGCAUGGAAUUCAACGCAUAGAAAAAAUAUAUGACUUGAAAAUUGACGAUUUGGCACAAGGCGUUUUGCAUGGAGUUCAGUACAACGUUCAACUUACAUAUCGUGACCUCAUAGCCAUGGGUAAUUCGAUGUACCAGCAAAGCGACUAUCAGACAGCAGCCAAAUGGUAUCGAGUUGCUUGCAAACGUGAAUUGGAAAAUGCCGAUCAAUUACUAAUUGAGAUUUUGGGCGACCCUUCUGAACACCUUCAUCGGCAAUACAUUAAGUCCCUCUUCAAAUACGGCUCUACUAUAUCUGAGCCUACGAAGUCCAUUGAAGAAGCCUUUAUAAGGGUACAGGCCAGUCAAGAGGAGCUGGAUAAUAUUAUGUCUGACCUGAGAGACCCGCAUAACGACGUUGAAGUAGAGAAAGAUCUGUAUCAGGUAAAAAGAAGAAGUUCCAACUUUGAACUUGGUUGUCGAGGACGGUAUCGCCAAAAGUCGAACCUUGUGUGUCGAUACAAAAGCACUGCGAAUACGUUUCUGCGAUUGGCUCCUCUAAAAUUGGAGGAAAUUAGUUUGGAUCCAUUUAUAGCAAUCUAUCACGAAGUUCUGUAUGAUUCUGAGAUACAUGAACUUAAAGGGCAAUCGAUGAAUAUGGUUAAUGGCUACGCCAGCGAGAGAAAAACAGAAAUCAGAGACACAGUGGCCCGAUAUGACUGGUGGUCCAAUACUUCUUUAGUACGAGAGCGCAUCAAUCAGCGCAUAAUUGAUAUGACAGAAUUCAACUUCUCAAAAGAUGAAAAGCUACAGAUCACGAACUAUGGAUUGGGCACCUAUUUCCAACCGCACUUUGACUACACCUCCGAUGGUUUUGAAACUCCAAAUAUUACAACGUUGGGCGAUAGGUUGGCCAGCAUUCUUUUUUAUGCUAGUGAAGUUCCACAAGGAGGUGCCACUGUUUUUCCGGAUAUAAAUGUUACGGUCUUCCCACAAAAAGGCAGCAUGUUGUACUGGUUCAAUUUGCAUGAUGACGGAAGACCUGAUUUAAGAAGCAAACACUCUGUGUGUCCAGUAAUCAAUGGAGACAGAUGGACUCUCACAAAGUGGGUUCCUAUGUUUCCGCAAAUGUUUAGCUUUCCAUGCAAAUCGUAGUUAAUACAACUCUAGUUAAACAACUCUACU